AUGAUGCGAAUGACUUUAGCAGAUUCGCUCAUGCUUUUGGUUAUAAACCACGAUGAAAUCAUCGGCAUCGUCGUAGACAGGCCACUCCUCGCACCAAACGUAGCUCCAGCCAACGAAUCCCCUAAGGAAGUCCUAAUCUACAACCACAACGAAUCACCCCAAGUCCCCCACGCUCCAGAGUACAUCUUCUUCUACGGCCACAAAGCCCCCAAACAAGGCGGGGAAACCCCUAUAUCCUCGUCUGUCGAGCUUUUCCACCGCGCCCAGCAGGAAAUCCCCGACUUCGUCAACCAACUCGCCGAAAAGGGCAUCCUCAGCAAAGUCACUUAUAAAACCGAUAAGCAAUAUACCGGCGGCUCGACGCUAAAGCAGGCUUUUGGAAAAGAAAUCCAAGACGGUGAUAACGAAGCGACCAAGCGCGCUAAGAUCGAAGCGCAGAUCGCGCGGUACGGCCGCGGCAAGCACACCACGUGGGAAUGGACCGACGACGGCGUCGUCCUAACGCACCGGCUCCCUGCCAUCCGCACGCAGCCCGGCACGGAUCUGCCCACGCUGUUUACCGGGCUGGCCGCGUACUACAAGAACGUGCGGGUCAACGCGGCUGCCGGGCGGAACGUCACGCAGCAGCUGUUCGGAGACGGGACGCCGAUCCCGGAGGAGUACCUGGCCGCGCUGGCGAGGAUCACGGAUGAGAUCCGCGUGUUGCAUAGGUGGCAGCGGGGCGAUGUUCUGGUGUAUGAUAAUAUCAUCGCGCAGCAUGGGCGGGAGCCUUGGCAGGGCGAGCAGGCUGAUCGUGUGGUUAUGGCUAGUCUGUUUGACGGCCAGGUCCCUGGGGCUUAUAUUUCGGAGGAUUGGGCACAGGUUGUGCAGGCUCUUGAGGGGUAA